CCCGCCCGCUCAACAGCAGCAGCUCCUCUCCAGCCCGGGCGUGCAACAGCGGCGGCGCAGGGAGCUCCGGCCAGUGCGCGGCGACACGGAUGCCCAGCGCGGCGCCUCCGCAGUGCUCCCGCUCCGCCCCGGCAUGCCCAUCACUGGAGGAGCUGGGACUUGGAGAAGAGCCCAUCUUUGCCCUGAAGCAGCCGAGUAGUGCCUCUUGUUUCUUAUCAGGAUGAAGUGAAGUGCCAAAUUGCUCCUCUUCAGAUCCAUGGAGUGGCAGGACCGAGGUUCUUGAUUGGACUGGGCUGGGCAGAGCCCCCCACCUCCUCUCUUCUGCUCUUUCAACUCACCAUGGGGUGGAGGCAUCUCCUCUUGCUUCUACCAUUUGCUUUGUAUGUCCUGACACUACUUCUGACCACCCAGGCAGCUGGGCCCCCACGGACACCCAAGGGCAACCGGACACAGGGGACAGGAGCCUCCCGGAGACCUUACAAGCCAGCCAAGGAGCAACUGAACCAGUCCUUAACUAGCACGGCCCCUUCUUCUGUGCAAGCUAGUGGUGGAGGAAGCCGUGGACGCAGUCCUGGUGUAGGGCCAGCAAAGGUGCCCUCCGGUAGCAGCAGCAGCAGCAGCAGCAGCAGUGCAGGCAAUUCCAGCCCAGCGUAUGAGACAUGCAUGGGUUACUAUGAUGUGAGUGGGCAGUGGGACAAAGAGUUUGAGUGCAACAAUACUCAGCAGGAUUUUCGCUAUUGUUGUGGCACCUGCUCUUUCCGCUUCUGCUGCAACAAGCGCUCUAAGAAGCUCAAUCAGGAAAAGUGCCGAAAUCAGGACCCCCGUCCUAGCACAGAUCCUAUGACCCCUGCCACCAAUAAUGAUGGACCUGGAGAUAUACCCAAUGGGUAUGACCCUAAUGAGGACAACACAAAUGCCACCGUCUACAUUUCAUGUGGGGCCAUUGCCUUUGUUGUCAUUGCGGGCAUUUUUGCUAAGGUGGCAUACGACAAAGCACGACAACCACCACAGGAAAUGAACAUCCACAGGGCUCUGGCCGAUAUCCUCCGGCAGCAGGGACCAAUCCCCAUAGCACACUGUGAAAGAGAGACUAUCUCGGCUAUAGAUACCUCCCCCAAAGACAACACACCCAUCCGAACAUCUUCGAAAAACCACUAUACGCCAGUGCGCACCUCUAAGACCAACCCAGGUCAUUAUGGAAAGGAUAUUUAUCGAAGUGGAGGUCCAGAUUUCCAUAAUUUCAUCUCUUCUGGGUUUGUCACAUUAGGAAGAGGACACAACAAGGAUGACCAAGAGCAAAAUUAUAACCACCUGCUAUUAAGUACUGCAAACCAGACACCAUCACAUGAAAAACCACGGAUGAACAGUAUCCUCACCUCUGCUACAGAGCCCUAUGAUUUGUCCUUCUCCAGAUCUUUCCAGAACCUCUCGCACCUCCCUCCAUCGUAUGAAUCUGCAAUUAAGACUAAUCCAAGUAAAUAUUCUUCUCUGAAGAGAUUAACUGACAAGGACGCAGAGGAAUAUUACUCUCGAAAGAGGCACCUUCCAGACUUAGCAGCAAGGGGGACCCUCCCUCUCAACGUCAUCCAGUUAUCCCAGAAACAAGUCGGCCAGAGGGACCGGCCACGCCGUGUAAUGCGGGCCAUGUCCCAGGACCGGGUGUUGUCCCCAGAGAGAAUCAUGCCUGAGGACUUCAGUAUGUCUUAUGAGCAGAUCCUCUCAGAUGAACAGCUGUUGUCUACUGAGCGUCUUCAUUCCCAAGACCCUCUGCUUUCUCCAGAACACUCAGGUUUUGGAGAGCAGUCCAUGUCACGAGCCAUGUCUCACUCAGAUGUCUUUGUUUCAACACCUGUCUUGGAUCGCUACCGGAUGACUAAGAUGCACUCCCAUCCCAGUGCCUCAAAUAACUUGUACAACACCUUGAGUAUGAACCAAACCUCAGCCAAGCGCCAAGCAUUUGCCUCCAGGCGACACAACACAGUGGAGCAGCUGCACUAUAUCCCAGGACACCAUCACCAUUAUCGCACAGCCAGCAAGACAGAGGUGACUGUUUGAUCAGAGACACUGUGUUCCUUGUAGAUAAUUCAUGUGGACCAGAUGGUUCAGUGCCGUAUACUGCAGCGGCCUUAUGGCCAAGAUAACCUCUAAGACAGACUCUUCCAACAGUCCUGUCGGUAUUGUUUUGAACAUUCAUCUUCAUGUUAUUGACAAAAACAAAUGGAAGAAGAAAACCUGAAUAAGGAGAGAUGAUAUACAUGAAGUUUUCUGACAUGCUCAGUUUCUGUCAAAGAAAGCCAUGCUAGUGAUGGCUUCUUUCACAGGCUCACUAACACCAAUUUUUUCAUGUUUACUAAGUCGGGCUAUUACUUUUAUAACCAUUAUGACAAACAAUCACGCAAAAUUAGCAGAAUAUGAUACUAAUUCGGGUUUCUCUCUGGCACAGUGAAAAUCUAUUAUAUUACAGUACUUGCUAGGUGCUGCAUCUUACCAAGAGUGUCCAACAGGUGUUUUUGCUGAGUUCUAUUCCAACUGUAUGUUGUCCACCUGUUAGAAGAUAAUGCAUUUCCAUGUGAGCAUAAUUUUUCCUGAUUUGGAGAGAAAUUGUAGUGGCAGACAAUAUUAACUAGCUUAACAGAACUCAAGACAAGUGGUUGCUGUGGUUAAGAAAUCACUUAGUUUUAUAUAUCAUUGCCAAGUAUACAACAUAAACCCAGGAAUGUCAUCACUGCAGUAGGUACAAUAAAUAAACAAAUAGCAGAAACUACUCCAGUGCCUAGAGAUAAACAGUCCCAGAUGCAAGAAGGUGUGAGAAGGGUUUAAUUAUAAGCACAACUAUGCUAAGAGUGUUUGCCACCCUUUUCAUGUAUAUUCUAAAUUUCCAACAUUCGAAGGUAUCUAUCUAUAUAAAUUAUUCUCUUUCUCUCUCUAUUAACAAGAGUGUCAAGUUGCCCAUUUUCACUGGGCAGUGUAUCAUUUUUAUGUCCAGAAUAUCGUUGCUGCUGAGGUCCAGUAAGAUAUAUGGAGUAGGUUUGGCUCAACUAGCAUUCAAUGAACAUAUGGCGACAACUCCAUUUUGGCUUGGUUUCUUGCCAAGCUACAACUUUUAUCCAACUGUUCAUGGGAGUCCCUUGUUUUACAUUUUCUUAAAAAGAACAAUCAUCCUAAAGCCUUCUCACAGCAAAAUGAUAUCUUUGAACUGCCAGGUUUUUUUUUUCUUUGUCUUAAUCCCAUCCAUCAAGUGAGAUGCUCAAGCAUCUCAAGUACCAAUUUGGCAUAUUGUACAGCCAUUAUACAGUGGUAAUUAGACACUGGGUGUCUGUAAAGUCUUUCAAAUAAAUGUUUAUAGAUCCAGCAUUUGUUGGAUUUUGUACAGUCGGAAGAGAUAUUCUAAUGAGCAUAUUCCUAGAGACCCUACCCUACAUGUUCCUACCUGGCCCUGGUCUCUGGUCUCUGCCCCUAAAAGAGCUAGAAGGUCUGUGUGAAUCUCAAAAAUGUUGAUUUGUGCCAUUGUGUACUUGUAUCCUCAUAUUACAGGAGUAUUGCCAGGUUUGCCCAGUAGCACCUGGACAUCUUGCAUCAAAUGGGAUUCCGCAGAGCUUCACGAUCCAAAUAGGUACAUUGAUCAAAGGUUCCUGAUAUACGUGGCUUUCUCUCGACAGAGAUCCUUCAUCCAAUUUUUCUUCAGGUUCUCACGGUGUUUUUCAAAGAAACAAACAUGUAAAUAGUAAUACUUGUCCCCUUUUUUUUUGUUUUGCUUUUUUUUAGUAAUAUGACUUUGUUUACAGCACCAGCAAGAAGUAGCCAAAGGACUGUUUUUGCUGGCAUAUGUGAUGUUUGUAGACCACAGACUGGAGCCAUACGAAACACUGUGCUUUGCUUAACAGAAACUGGGCUAAGAGGGAGGGAAAUGGUAGUGCCUACCAUAAUUGGCUCUCUGCCUUCGAGUGACAGAUGUGAGUUUUGGAGGACUUCUCAUUAACUGUAAUGCAUGUAAGGAAAGCCACAGGAAGGUGGCAACAAUUCUCUGAGUGUUCUGGAAUUUGUACUAUUUUCUGCCCUCUGUGUAGCUGUCUCCAAACAUCUCUGGCUCUGUAGAGAGAUGGAUAAUACAAUGUCUGCGAUUUACACAAAUAGCAUUGUUCCCCAGAAGCAUAAGAGCGCUGCAUUAUCUGGCAUGAAAAGCCAGAAAUGUAGAUAUUUUGCUUCAAUCUUCCUUUACGUAAAUUGUGAGAGUAUUCGCUACAUGGAUUAACCCGAUAUCUGAGAAAAGAGUCUCUGGGCUUUCACUUGUUGAAGCAGCGGGCAAAAGAUCCACUCAGCCAUUAUAAUGUUGUGAAGAUUUCAUAUCAUCUUAUCCAGCAGGGGUGGUUUUCUGUAGCAAUUGUCUUGGUCUUUCACAACCAUCAACAAGAACAAGCAGACCUUGUCCUUUUCAGCAAUUAACAUGUUCUAUAUGAAUCACCAGCACACCUUUCCUUAUAGGCUCUCUGAGGACAUUGUAAAAGAGACACGGGGGUAUCCUGUGUGUUAGGGUAUUGCUGAGGUCAGUUCUGCCUGGAAUUUGAUUUAAAAAUCACUUUGAUGUAUUGAGAAAAUUUGCUAAGAUCACAGCUGGACUGAACACUCUUUUCUUGAACCAAGGAUCAUAAAUAAUCUUGAGUGGUGCAUUUCAAGAUUGACAGGGAAAAAGUGGAACUGCAAAAAAGAAAAUGGACAAAACCUGGCCAAAACAGAACACCUGCAAAAAAAAAAAAAAAAGCAAAUCCAUCUGGAGUAUUUUCAAACUAUUCAUUUUUUCCCUACACUUUAUCAAUCAAUUUGAGAUUUCCCCCCAUAUUCUGAACCUCUUUGCUACAUCAGGUUAUACUGAAGUAUAGAGGAAAGAAGUAUGGCCUGCCAGUUGCUUCUUUAUACUAUCAAGUGAGCAGAACUUAUUAUUUUAGCUUCUUCAUAGGGUCUUCUAUUUAACACUAUCUCAGCUGGAGAUUAAUCUUUAAAUUUGAUUGGCUCAUCAGACUAUUGGAAUGGAAUGACUGAUCUUCCAAAUCACUUGAAACAUGCAGACUUAAUACAAUACGAUAUAAGUAGGCAGGUUUUGCUAAUCCAAUUUUUUUUCAACUUCUCAACAUAAAGCAAGGACUUGAUGAAAAGGUAAGUUAGCAAGGAAUUAAAUGGAAUUGCUUGUUGCACCAAGUUUGGCAAACCUCCUCUCUAUUAGAUAAGUUCCACAAAGAAUUUGAGGUGCCUUCAAAAAUUCACAGAUAAUUUUGAGGGGAGGAGAGAACAAGAAAAUAGGAUGCAGGGAUGCAGCCCUAAAAAGAGCUGGGUGUUUUUUAAAAGUUUCCCCUGUUGACUUAUAGGACUGAAAAAGGCAAAUCCAUUUUAGCUUGAAAAGCAGCUUGCCCAAGCUAGGAGCUACAAGGCAAACAUCAAAGGCAACUGGAUUGGGUUACAUAAUGUCCCCCCACCCCCCAAUCAAUCUGCCAGUCCACCUUGUUUGGUGUGUUUGACUCAGAGUUGGCAGCAACAAGCAAACCAACUACCAGGACCAUGGAAAGUGUUCUGGUAUGAAAGUUAUUUACAGCACUUGUGUUUUUAAAGUGUGGGAUUGUUUGCUUUUUAAAAAAAAUUUAUUUACCCACCUUUUCUAAAAAUUUGCAGAUGGUUUACACUAUAUCAGCAGUGCCAGAAAACACUGAUCAUUCCUACUUGUAGCAGAGUGAGCAGAAUUAGGAUUGGUUGGGAAAUUGCUGGGUAUUUUGCCAGGGACGUGUAAACGCUGCUGACACUCCCUUUUCCAAUUAUAACAACAGUUAAAAAGUUGCUGAAAAAGAACGCUUGGGGAAACCCUAGAGAGGAAUUAUGGGUGCAGGACUUGCUACCAGUCACCAGCUAUGUGUCACCAGUCAUCAUCUCCUUAUCUCAGCCCUUGUUUUGCACCAGACUUGGUUAGUGUAUCCUAAAGUGUAUAAUUAGAAAACAAAGGGAAUCUUGCACAUCUCAGGUCUUGCACACUGCAGUUUUGACUAGUGUGGGGAUAGCAUAGGUAAAUUAGGGCCAAGGCAAGUCAUAAUCCAAUUUCAGUGAGGCUCUGAAUCCUUACCCUGCAGUUUCAAAGGAAUCUUUCUUAAUCCCUGGCAUCAUUGGGUACUGCUUGCUCUCUUUGGGUAUUUAGUAAGGGGAAAUCAGGAAGGGAAACCAAAGCUCAUAUGAGAAACAUGAUGUUUAAACUGAUAGGAGUCCAUCCUGAAGCAGAGGCUCUUCUUAUGAGGCUUACAAUUUCACAUGCCUAUAGAAGAGGCUUGAAUCUUGUCUGUGUUUAUUGAAUAGGAAGAAUAUAGGUGUAUAUUUUGAGUUUAAGCACACAGGUUUUCAAGGGAGCAUCAAGGCGUAUUCUUUCCCUUCUAUUUGGGAUCUGUUUCUUGUCAACUGUUCCAGUAUGUGCCAAGAGCAGCCCGUGAAACUACUGAUCUAGCCACCGGUACAAACCGUUCUUACCUAAGCAAAGCCCUAGGACAACCAACUGAUUCAGAGAUUGGUUUGAAAGGACAUUGAUAGAUAAAUGAGGUGGCUCCAGGAAUCACAUUAGCUGCCCUUUUUGACAAAUGAGCUUGUCUUGAGAACCCAGGCGAUUCACCCAUGCCAGUUUCUUAUUUCACUACAAAUGAGAACUCAAAGGGUUAAUCUGAGGACAAAAUGGGGGGAGCAAAGGAAAGCGCCCACUGGGUGUCUCUGAUUCUUUCCGAGCGAAGUGAAGUUAUGUACAUUACAAUCUUUAGUGUACAGAGAAGGGUGGCGUUCAUAAUGUUCCAGGGGUUGUAUAUAUUGAGCAACCAUCUUCUAAGCUAUUGUUGACGUGGCGAGGAGAAGAAAAGUAUACUUUUCAAUGCAAGUAAUCAACAAAUGUGUAGUCAGAGAUCCUCUCUCUGUUAGACAUUUUUUGGCUAAAUUAGCCAGUUGAGAUACCUUAGCAAGAGAAUGACGCACAUCAAACCACCCCUGAGAGCCACUUGAAAGCAUAUCAACGUUUAACGUUUCAUAAUGCUGAAUACUCCAGAAAAUGUCAAACUGUUUUGCUUGCCCAAAAAAAAAAAAAAAAUUAGCAAUAAAAAUUUGGAGAGAAAUGGUUUUCAAAUAAUAGCCACCUGUGUGUUGUAUGUUUAGUGUUAAUUAACCAGCUGAUUUAGCAUUCUUUCUGAGCUGUAGAGGCGGCAGCAGGUGGAAUCCAUCUCAAGCAUGUAUUUCAUCUGCUGAAAGCUGGUGGGAAGGAAAGGA